AUGCAUGCAGCUCGCUAACACGUGCCUCUGGAUCUCAAACAGUGAGAAGAAUCUCUCUGCCACUGCCAAAACAAUGCUAUACGAAUAAUGUUACAAUUAUACAGUUUUAAAUAACCUUGUCCGAUCUAUGCUAGGGCUGCAGUCGCCCUAUGCAGCUGGCAACGCGCACUCCGUCGCAAAAGAAAAAGAAACAAAACUGGCUUCUCAAACUUUUAAAUUCGAAAUUCAAAAUGUGCGCCUCCGUAAGGCCCGGUUUUUUACUUUUAUUUUUUUGAAUCCGGAAUGCCGGUAAAGUGAUUACGGAAAAUAGUGUGUGUGAUUUCGCCCUUCUUCUGAGUGUUUCUGGCCGAUACAAUCAGUUAAGCUGGCUUCCAGUGGGGGUAAAUGCACUUCACCAAGCCUGAAAUUCAAGCUUGUCAAAAUUAAACGAAUAAAGGAGUACCUUUUCGCGAAGAUGGGCCCAGGCGACGGGGGCCCGAAGACCACGGAGGAGCGCGCGGCGCCGGUGGACCCCACGGGCUUCCGGAAGUGGCUGGCCGAGAACACCAUGCUCGUCAUCACACUGGCUGGAGUCAUCACCGGCAUCGGCAUUGGGUUCGGUCUCCGCCCCUACAACCUCGGUCCAGACGCGCUCAUGAUCAUCUCGUAUCCUGGAGAACUCUUCAUGAGGGUUCUCAAACUCAUGAUCCUGCCCCUCAUCAUCGCCAGCCUGAUCGCCGGCUCGGCCAGCCUCAACGCCAAAAUGAGCGGGAAAAUUGCCGUCAGAACCCUCCUCUACUUCAUCCUGACGUCCAUGUUUAAUGCCUUCCUGGGGAUUGUGCUGGUGGUUCUGAUCCAUCCGGGGAAGCCCGAGCUGAAGAGUGAGGAGUAUGAGGCGGCAGCGUUUGGGAGGAAGGAUCACAAUAUCUUGGACAGCCUUUUGGAUAUUGGCAGGAACAUUUUCCCGGACAACAUCGUGCAGGCGGCGUUCCAGCAAGCGCACACGGUGUACGUCGAGCCCCCCAUGUUCGCCAGAAACGCGUCUGAUAAUGAAACUGUGGCUUUGGUUCGAGUCGUUUCGUAUCGAUCGGGCACCAACACAUUAGGUCUAGUCUUCUUCUGCCUAGUCUUUGGAAGCCUGCUCGGCUCACUAGGUCCCAAGGGCCAGGUGGUCAUCGACUUCUUCCAGGCCAUCUUCGAGGUGAUCAUGAAGAUGGUGACGGGAGUGAUGUGGUGCACCCCCCUGGGAGUCAGCAGCGUCAUCGCCGGCAAGAUACUGGGGGUCAGCAAUGUUGCUCAAGUGAUGUCCCAACUGGCGUGGUUCAUCGCGACGGUGUCCAUCGGCGUGUUCCUGUACCAGCUGAUCGUGAUGCAGCUCAUCUACUUCCUGUUCCUCCGGAAGAACCCCUUCAAGUUCUACUGUGGACUGUCGCAGGCGUGCCUCACGGCUUGUGCUACUGCUUCUACGGCAGCAGCCCUCCCCGUAACAUUCCGCAGCAUGGAGGGUCCCCUCCGGAUCGACCCGCGCAUCACCCGCUUCGUGCUGCCCAUCGGCUGCAACAUCAACAUGAACGGCACCGCUCUGUUCCUGGCCGUGGCCAGCGUGUUCAUCUGCCAGAUGAACAACAUAGCGCUGGGGUUCGCCGAUCUGUGCACUGUUUUCCUAACAGCCACAGCAGCAUCAGUAUCAUCAGCGUCGGUACCGUCGGCCGCGAUGGUGCUGCUACUGGUAGUUCUGGCCGCGGUGGAGGCGCCUACUGGCGACGUAUCGCUGCUCUUCGCCUGUGAUUGGCUCGUAGACAGGAUUCGAACCUCGAACAACAUGCUGGGCGACUGCUACGCCGCCGCCGUGGUGGAGCACCUCUCCAAGAAGGAGCUGAUGGCUUGCGACGCCAUUAUUGAUCCUGUGCUUGCAAACGGCACCCUCCCCCCGACGACGCCCAACUCCACAGACGUGGAGAUAGGAACCAUCACCCCCGGCAAGAAGUCGCUCGCAUCCAACGAAAUAUCUAUAGAUAUGCAUUUACAAACCCAAAAUAACAAACCUACCACUCCCGUCAAACGAAUUUAGCUCCAAGUGUAUUAUUGAUAAGUUUUUUACACGGUUUUAUAAUGAUGGUUGUUGUAGCGCAUGUUUAGAUGUAGAGACACCGGCCAUUUUUUGUAGAGGAUUAUUUUUUUUUCAUUGUGAAUUUACAAUUUAUUGAUGGGGUUCAAUUCCGGUAACUUCGGAGAAAAUGUCGAUAAUUUUGACGUGGAUAUUAUUUCCGUAGUAGCAAGAAUUAUGACCCAUACCGUAUGGGCAGCUUGAUGAUGUAAAAAUCAUUAUAAUGUUAUACAUACAUUGAUGGUCUAGAACUUGGUUACAUUUUCAAGUCAACUUUAGAGCGUCAAUGAUCUACAGUACCCAUUAUGUCUUGAAA